UGAACGGUGGUUACGUGCUCGGUUUAAGUUGGCUGCCACGUAGUUGACAUUCUUGCCAUGUAUUUAUUUUAGAGACAGCAAUUUGUGAAUAGUUUGAUUCGUAUUUUUUUUAUUUUUUUGCGAAUAAGUGAGCUAUUGUCCAUCGAAAUGAUUUUUUUUAAUAUUUAUUCGCUAUUGGCCUCACUUUUUGUGUUUGUUACGGGGGGCAAACUGCCCGAGCCAGAAGUGAACAUUGAAGUUUUACAUAAACCCUUCAUGUGUUACCGUAAGUCAAAGUAUGGAGACAUGCUUCUUGUUCACCACGAGGGAUUCUUGGAAAGUAAUGGCACCAUGUUUUAUUCCAGCCGCGAACAUGGGGAUAAAAAUCCAGUAUGGUUCACUCUUGGGGUUCAAGAGGUGCUCAAGGGUUGGGAUAAGGGUCUGAAGAACAUGUGCACAGGAGAGCGCAGGAAACUGACAAUUCCUCCGUCUCUGGGAUAUGGCAAGGAAGGAAAAGGCAAGAUCCCCCCAAGCAGUGUUCUCAUUUUUCACAUUGAGCUCAUGGACAUCCGAAAUGGUCCCAGGUCGCAUGAGUCUUUCCGGGAGAUGGAUCUCAAUGACGACUGGAAGCUGUGCAGAGAGGAGGUAAAAGAGUACCUGAAGAAAGAAUUUGAGAAACAUGGAUAUUCCCCUAAUGACACAAAUCAUGAGGUGAUGGUAGAGGACAUCUUCAAAAAUGAGGAUGAAGAUAAAGAUGGCUUCAUAUCUGCGAGGGAAUUCACCUACCAACACGACGAGCUCUAGAAAAAUUGAUUUAGGGUUUGCUUCUUGAAUCACCUUUGAAAUAAUGACAUGCAUUGUGAAUUGAACUGUAUUGCCUUUCUUUUGGAUAAACAUUUUAUGGAAAAUAAGACCAAUAAUCAAUGUGUAUCUACAUUAUGCCCUAAUAAUGGUACCAUAAAUGAAUUUUGGCUCCUAGAAUUGUUUGUCAAAUUUAGUGACUGUGAACCUGUGUACUGUACACCUUCAGCCUUGAUGAUACAGUUUAUGGAAGUGACCCUGCAUGGUAGUUUUUCUCUGUGUAGGUCUUACGCACUAGAGGGCACUCUUGUGCUAGACUCUUGAAUCAUUUAUACAUUUCAAAACAAAACAAUGUUAAAGAGUGAGCUCUUUGAGUUUCUAGAUUUUGGUUUUGUGCAGAUGAAAAUUAGACCCCAGUCCUGUAUAUAAUGUCAUCCCACCAGGAGUGCAUCACAAGAAAGUAUGCAGAAGGCCUAUUUUGAAAGCUUUUGAUCACUCCAAAUUAUAUAUCAAAAUUAUGGAUUUUACAAUUGAAUAGAUUUAUUUUAUACCAUUGAAUUGAGCAUAAACCACCAUCAAAAUCCCUCAGUGGCAUGCAAACUUUACAUGUUGCAGGGAAUAACUAACUAAAACCGUCAAAAUGAUCUUGUUAAACCCUGAGUAUGACGUGGUCGUCUGUCUACAUUUUGAGAACAAUUCAUAUAUAUCAGCAGGCAGUAGUUAGGGGGGAAUCAGCAAU